GGCCCCUUUCCCCGCCCCUCGCCACCGGUCCCAGCUCGGCGGUCGGGAUGCGGCGGCGGGCGCUGCUGCUGGCGCUGGGCCUGGCGGUGUUGGGCGCGGCGCACGGGCAGCAUCGCGCCGAGUACGACCGGGAGGCGCUGCUCGGCGGACAGGAGGAGGCGGAGGAGUACGCGCGGCUGAGCCCGGAAGAGCAGCAACGGCGGCUGAGAGCCAUUGUUAAGAAGAUCGACUCGGACGCGGAUGGGCUCCUCACCAAGGAUGAGCUGAGUUCCUGGAUACAGCAGUCUUUUAAACACUAUGUUACGCAAGAAGCUAAGCAACACUUCAGUGACUAUGACAAAGAUGGUGACGGAUUAGUGUCUUGGAAGGAGUAUAAUAUGCAAAUGUAUGAUCGUGUAAUUGAUUUUGAUGAGAACACUGUCCUGGAGGAUCAAGAAGAAGAAUCAUUUCGACAGCUUCAUUUAAAGGAGAAAAAGCGUUUUGAAAAAGCUAAUAGGGAUGAUGUUCCUGACCUAAACGUGGAUGAGUUUGUCGCCUUUGAACAUCCUGAAGAAGCGGAGUACAUGACGGACUUUGUCAUUCAAGAGGCUUUAGAAGAACAUGAUAAAGAUGGAGAUGGAUUUGUUAGCCUGGAUGAAUUCCUUGGUGAUUACAGAAGAGACCCAACUGCAAGGGAAGACCCAGAAUGGAUACUUGUUGAGAAGGAUCGGUUUGUGAAUGACUAUGACAAGGAUAAUGAUGGGAAACUCGACCCUCAAGAGCUGUUGUCUUGGAUAGUCCCUAAUAACCAGGGUAUUGCACAAGAAGAGGCUCUUCACCUUAUUGAAGAAAUGGAUUCGAAUGAUGAUAAAAAGCUUUCUGAAGCAGAAAUUCUUAAGAACCAAGAUUUGUUUCUUAACAGUGAAGCAACAGAUUAUGGUAGGCAGCUUCAUGACGAACGUUUCUACCAUGAAGAACUCUAGAUUAUUUAUUUUGUAAUCUGUUUUUCUUCCCUUCCUUUCAUUUGGAGCUUUUGUUAAAAGCACCCAUCAGCUAUGUUGCGAGUUUUAUGCUGUAAUUACAGUGAACUAAUGUUUGUGUAAAUAAUUUGCAUUCAAAAUUUAAUUGCCUUCCUACAGACUUCCUUGGGCCUCUUCUAGCCUGCAAAAUUAAUCUUAAAUACUUCCAAAAUUACAGAGUGUUGGGAAAUAAAUUACUUCAGGGGUAGCACUGUAUUGUGAAGAGUUUUCUCCUGUGUUUGAAGAAAAAGGAGAAUCUAAAUGCUUCUGAAAGAAUGCAAAACACAGUAGCUGAGAGACGUUAUUUUUUCUAACGGGGGGGGGAUGUUUAGAGUCAGUAUUAACUGUGUUUUAGUUACUACACUUGGAGAAACACUUAGAUUAAUGCCUCAAUUGUUUAAGAGGUUUCUACUUAAUUUUAACUGGUUUCUAUACUGCCUUCUAUUGUAUCAGGAAACUUGCUAUUUUUACAUCCAUAGACAAGAAGUGUUUUUAAUGUGCGAUGCUACGGCGUUAGCGAUACAGUGGGAUUUUACUGUGUUAAGACCCUCUUUGUUUGUUAGAUUAAAACUUAAAAUGAUCUGUCCUCCUCUGCUUUGUCCAUUUCUCACUUACUGUGGGGCACCCACAGCAGCUCCUGGAUGCGUGACCGACGUGCACAAAGUACGCAAUGCCCAAUGGCAAGCUUCUUUGCUUGUAGAAACCAAAGGCACAUCAUCUCAUCUAGAUGCUAAAGAGGGUUCAAAAAUGCAAUGUGUGCCUUUAGUGUUUCCUGGACAAGUUUGUGGCAGCAGUUGUGUUUGGGUUGUGGGUUUUGUUUUUCCAUUUGCAGUAUGUGGAAGUCUGAAGUACCAGGGCAGCACAUAAUAUUUGUAAUAAUAACCUCUAAAAGUUAACUUCGUUCGAAAGCCCCACAAUUACCAUCCAUAAAAGCAAGAGCUGUCCCAUUAUGGGACUAGUGGAAACAGUCUGAAAGGUUAAUGGCACAACAGAUUUGAUUUAGGAAAGUACAUCUAUUCUCUGUUUGUCUCCUAGAUAGUCACAGAAAUUAGCUGAGCAUUCUAAACAGAGACAAAGCCUGCCAGGGCAGAUUGUGGAGAGUGCAUUAGGGGUUUUUUAAUUUCUAGUAACUAACUCCUGCAAUGCUCUUGCAGGGUUUUUCUUGACUAAUGUUUUCUUCUUCCCAAGUCUCUUUUUGUUGAGUAAGGAGCAAUUAGCGCUGCCUUGUUUUUUUUUUCUCACUAUACAAUCUCUUAAUCAGAACAAACAGGAAAUUCCUUUCACAGAAUCAGAGAUACAUUCCCUUUAGGAAAGACCCCCAGGAUCGUCAAGUCCAACCGUUAAUUCCUACUCUACAAAGUUUGCCCCUAAACCAUGUCCCCAAGCAACACAUCCAAAUGACUUUUAAACACAUCCAGGGUUGGUGACUCCACCAUCUCCCUGGGCAGCCUGACCACUCUUGCUGGGGAAAAAAUGUUUCCUAAUGUCCAAUCUAAAACUACCCAGUCACAGCUUGAGGCCAUUCCCUCUUGUUCUAUCACUGUUUACCUGUGAGAAGAGACCAGCAGCAGCCUCCCCACAGUCUCCUUUGAAUGUAGCUGUUGAAGUAUCAACAGUUUUGAUUCAGAAAGAAACUAUGAAUACUUUUACUGUAUUUUUUUAGGUACCAUAGUGAUGGAAAUUCAAAAUACUUUCUCAGAAUUCCUGGUUGAGUUUUUUCCUACUGUUUCCUGGGAGUGUGAAUGCAGCCAUUGCCAUGUUGGUGAUGGGAUGCAAUGUAAAAAUAAAUAGUCUCAUUAAAUCUGGUGUGUCCAGGAAUGUUAAAA